AUGGCUUCGAGUCUGAGCAGAUCAGACCCCUCGUUCGCAGACUUGCUCAAGCUCCUCGCCAACACGCCCGGCAAGUUUGAUGCGCCAGCGACGACGAGGGCAUUUGAGCUCAUCACAGCCCGUGAAUCUGCGGUCCCAGCCACUCAACUGUCAGCCUUUUUGACCGCUCUGAAAGCGUAUGGGCUCGAUCGUCGGUCAGACAUCAUCGCUGCAUCCGCCCAGGUCCUCCGCAGCAGAGCUCUGGCCAUUGUUCUUGCCCAAUCAAAUGAGCUUGACGAAUCACCCAUCUGCGACAUCGUCGGCACGGGCGGCGAUGGUCACAACACGUUCAAUGUUAGCACGUCAGCUGCACUCGUCGCUGCCGGUGCUGGCUGCCGCGUUUGCAAGCACGGCAAUAGAGCUGCAUCCUCUAGUUCAGGAUCUGCAGAUAUCUUGCUUUCGGCGGGUGCGCCGAUCACCGAGCUGCCUGCGACUGCCCUGGCGAGUCUGACGAGUUCCUUUAUCUUCCUCUUCGCGCCUCUCUACCACCCUGCCAUGGUCAGAGUCGCGCCCGUCCGACGGGAGCUAGGCUUCAGCACUAUCUUCAAUAUCCUAGGCCCGCUAGUCAAUCCUGCCAGGCCAGAGUGUAUGAUCGUUGGCGUGCACUCGCGCUAUCUGGGCGAACAAUUCGUCCGUGCUCUUGCCAGUCUGAGCGUUCGGCGGGCCUGGGUCGUUUGCGGCGCCGAGGGCUUGGACGAAAUCAGUCCGGCCGGCGAAACGCAUGUUUGGUCUCUCCAUGGCGGCGCCAUCCAGGAGCAGACGAUCGCACCGGCUGAUUUCGGUCUGACCGCACAUUCGCUAGAGGCCGUACGAGGGGGUACGCCCGCCGAGAAUGCUGUCAUUCUCAGUGCUCUCCUGCAGGGCGAGCUCGCGCCCAGCGAUGCCAUCGAGAACUUUGUCGUCAUGAACGCGGCCGCCCUCAUCAUGCUCGCCGGUCGAGCGAAUACUCUACUCGAAGGAGUAAGCUUGGCUCGUGAGAGUAUCCGCUCAGGACGCGCAAAGCGGGCUUUAGACGAUUUUGUGUCGCAGGCGAGGCACGCGAUUGAGCGUGCAGCCUAG